GCUGAUUUUGGUUGUGGAAGUAAAGAUGAAAAAACACUAGCCAGUCCCAAUAAUGAUAUUGGAUUUAUAGUGGAUAAAGUAGUAUUGACAGAUGCUGAUAAAAAGCUUGUGCUUUCUAAUUUGUGGGUACCAGAUGAUUUUUACAAAUUCCCAUUACUGGAAAAAAAUAAGGAACGUGGCCUACGGUUUCAACAUAAGUGGCUGAAAGAGUUUAAUUGGUUGGCAUAUUCUAAUGUAAAAAAUGAAGAAUUGGCUCUAAGAGGUAGUAAAGAUUUUGGUCCAAUCAAUGUUGAUGAUGAUAUAAGACAAGGUCAUUUUCGUGCCUUAUUGAAGUAUAGAGCCAAAGGAGACGACUUUCUACGUACUGUUCUGGAAGGUUCAGUUAACAAAUCAAAAUGUUUCUCGGUUCUCGCCGAUGAAACAACGGAUAUAUCCACAAAAGAGCAGCUCUCUAUUUGUGUCCGUUAUAUUGAUGAACAAAAUAUGCUACAUGAGGACUUUUUACAGUUCUUUGAAAUUAAAAGUUUGACUGGUGAUGCCUUGGCAAACUCUAUAUUAAAUGGUUUAAUUCAAUGUGGUCUAGGUUGUAAUUAUUUAUAUGGUCAGGGCUAUUAUGGGGCCAGUAAUAUGGCUGGCCAAUUUAAAGGAGUCCAAACUCUUGUACGGUUUAAAUAUCCCAAAGCUCUGUAUGUGCACUGUGCUGCACAUUCUUUGAAUUUGGCAGUUUCAACAGCAAGUGGAAUAAAACCUAUAAAAAAUUGUUUAGGAUUAAUUGAAAAAGCAUACAUGUUUUUUAACACCCCCAAAAGGAAUUCUGUUCUUUUACAUGUAAUUGAAAAUUCUGAUGAUGAACCUAGCACAAAACAAUUAAAACGACUUUGUGCCACACGCUGGAUUCAACGCUAUGAUUCAGUAAAAGAUUUUUCAGAGCUAUUCCCAUUUGUUCUUUCAGCAUUAGAAAUUAUUUCUGAUUGGAAAGAUCCAAGUGAGGCUCUCAUGAUAAAAAAGUCAAUGGAAUAUACAGAGUUUAUAAUUUCUUUCAAUGUUAUUAAGUUGUUAUUUUCAUUUGGUCUUCCAUUGUGUAAGCAACUACAAAAAGUACAAAUUGAUCUUGGAAGAACUAUAUACAUAGUAGAAAACGUGAUAGCCACUUUAAAGUCUAUUCGAGAAAAUAAUGAAAUAGAAUUUAGUAUAGUCUACAAUAACGUUAAAGUAAAUAGUUACAUAGUAUUAAAAAUCAAUUAA